AUGUCUGAACAUAAUAUGAAUGAGAGUCAGUUAAAACAGAAACGUAUGAGAGGAAAAAACUUUACUGAAAGGGAAAAAGAGCUAUUAAUUGACUUGAUAUUACCUUUUAAGCCAAUUAUUGAAAAUAUUAAAACUGAUGCAAUUUGGAAUAACAAAAAGGCUGAGGUAUGGUCUAAAAUAACUAGCCUCUACAAUUUACAACAAACAUCAGGUAUUCGCAUUGACACACAAUUAAAAAACUUAUAUGAUACUCUUAAAAGAGAUGCUCGAAAAGAGAAAAGUAAUGAUAAGGUUCAAAUGUACAAAACAGGCGGUGGAUCAAAUACUAACCUUUUAUCAAAAACCACUGAAAAAAUUAUUGGCUUACUAGGAGACCAAAUGGAUCCAUUAAUUAAUUCAGUUGACUCUGAUACUAAUUACAAUGACGGAGGAUUUGAAGUUGUCAAUUUAUUUUCUGAGGACAUAACCGACUUUGAAGAUUCAAUUAUGUAUUUAUUAAUUAUUAGUUAAUCAGAUAUAACUUAUAACUAGGGCCCGGAAGUUCAUGCAUUUGCAUGUUUUUUUUUGAACCAUUAGAUUUAUUGCUAAGUGAGCUAGAAAUACAUUCCAAGACACUACAAAAAACAUAUCAAAAGUUUAUAGUGCAUAUUUUUGCAU